UAUGUUUUUUUCAUUAUGAGAAUAAAUUAUGGGUUUGAUGUCUCAGACAAAGCAGCCAAGGAAAGAAACAUGACUAGUGAUGUUGAUUUUGGUGUGAAGCUACACCAACCUAUUGAUCAUCAUCAAUCAUUCCCCUUUAGGAGGACUGCUAUGAUGGUUCAUCAUGCUAAUCACCACCGUCCAUUUGAUAAUGGUCCCACAUCAUCAUAUGAUAGAAACAAGUCCUUAAUCAACUAUAGUCGUGAACAUAUAGACAGUGUUGGUGCUUGUGGUGGUGCAGUUGGGGUUAGGACUUUGCAGCCUUUUGACACUUCUGAAUCAACUAUCACUACAGCUUCUGCCUUCAAAUCUCCAGGAGGCAAUAUGGCAGCAUCCUUGGGGUUUCCUUUUACAAAUGCACAAUGGAACGAGCUGGAAAGACAAGCCAUGAUAUACAAGUACAUGGUGUCUUCAAUUCAUGUGCCUCCUCAUCUUCUAAUCCCAACCCCAUUAAUGGGAAAUGGACUGGAUGUGAGGUUCACAAAUAGGGCAGAUCUAGAGCCAGGGAGGUGCCGGAGAACAGAUGGGAAGAAAUGGAGGUGCUCAAGAGAUGUGGCACCUGAUAAAAAAUACUGUGAGCGUCAUAUGCAUAGAGGCAGACCCCGUUCAAGAAAGCAUGUGGAACUCAAUACCAGCAACAACAGCAACAGCAACAGCAACAAGAAGAGCCGCCAUAAUCCUUCUAUCUGUACAGAAUCUCCUGUUACUGUGGCAAUUUCUAACCCCACUAUCAACAACAACAACAACAGUGGCUCUGCUUCUCAUGAUGAUUUUGUUGGGACUAUGCCUCAGCCAUAUAUUCAGACCCCAGUUUUUGUAAACAAAACCAGUGAAAAGAUUGCAACUUUUGAUGCUAACGGAGCCUUUGGUUCUACAUACAAGGAACCCAGGAGCUUUGACUGGAUGUUGAAAGGGGGAACUGGUCCUAUUGUCACAAAUGAUCAACAAUGGCCACAUCUAGUGCACACAGAAAUUGGACUUGCUACUGAAGGUUCCUUUAACAAUGCUUCUGUUCUCAAGCAGCACUACCGAGAAGAGUCUCUGAAUCUGAACUCAUAUGGAAAUCUUAAUGCUAGAGAAGAUCAACACCGCAGCCAAUAUAGUCUAUUUCUUGAUGGGGCUCCAAGGAGUUUUAUUGAUGCAUGGUCUAAUGAUGCAAAUUCUGGAAACACAAGUUCUGUGUCCUCAGAUGGGAAGCUCCCUCUUUCGCCACUCAGUCUAUCAAUGGGAGGCAAUAGGUCUGUUGAUGAUGAAAUGGGUCAGAUCCAAAUGGGCCUAGGCCUAAUCAAACCAGAUCAAAACCAAGAAUGUGGCGGUGACACCAGCAGCACACCAGGCGGGCCCUUAGCGGAGGUGUUACAAUUGAGGACAGUCAACAUCAAUACAGGAACUAAUCAGUCUUCUUCUAUGAUUGAAAAUGGAGAUUCUGUUUGUCCUCCAGCCACUAGAGUCUCUUCACCAUCUGAGGUUUUGCAGAAAACACUUGCCUCACUUUCUGAUAGCAGUGGUAAUAGCAGUCCAACACUUGCCAGUUCAAGGACCGAACCUGCAAUUGCCAUGCUUUGGUUAAAUCAAGCCUAAACUUGAAACCUUUGUGCUUAGUUAAGAUAAGGGCUUUUAGAUUCGUCAUAUUUUAUUAUCUUGGUUGUUCUGUUGUCUUUUGGUGAACUGGAGAGAGUGCUGUUUGGUUGAUAUGUUGUGUUGUAGGGAUGAUGUAAAGAGGUUUUUGUAGGGUUGAUGCUGUGUUGUUCUUUUCUUCUUGGAUCUUCUUGGGAUAUUAGUGAGGGAGACUUGUGUAGCCCUCCCUCUUAUUUUCGGAAAAUAUCUUUUAUUUGAUGGAAAAAUCACUUUUUGAUUGA